GCUGCCGCGGGGGCCAGCCUGAGCCUGGACCCUCCGCUCCCCCGCCGAGAGCCAGCGCGGCCCCCCGGGGCCAGGGCGGCGGCGCCGGCAUGUCGUCGGGCACCAUGAAGUUCAACGGCUACUUGAGGGUCCGCAUCGGCGAGGCCGUGGGGCUACAGCCCACCCGCUGGUCCUUGCGCCACUCGCUGUUCAAGAAGGGCCACCAGCUGCUGGACCCCUACCUGACGGUGAGCGUGGACCAGGUGCGCGUGGGCCAGACCAGCACCAAGCAGAAGACCAACAAGCCCACCUACAACGAGGAGUUCUGCGCCAACGUCACCGAUGGCGGCCACCUUGAGCUGGCCGUCUUCCACGAGACGCCCCUGGGCUACGACCACUUCGUGGCCAACUGCACUCUGCAGUUUCAGGAGCUGCUGCGCACCGCCGGCGCCUCGGACACCUUCGAGGGCUGGGUGGAUCUGGAGCCAGAGGGCAAAGUAUUUGUGGUAAUAACCCUAACAGGGAGUUUCACUGAAGCUACUCUCCAGAGAGACCGAAUCUUCAAACAUUUUACCAGGAAGCGCCAAAGGGCUAUGCGAAGGCGAGUCCACCAGAUCAAUGGACACAAGUUUAUGGCCACGUAUCUGAGGCAGCCCACCUACUGCUCUCACUGCCGGGAGUUUAUCUGGGGAGUCUUUGGGAAACAGGGUUAUCAAUGCCAAGUGUGCACCUGUGUCGUCCAUAAACGCUGCCACCAUCUAAUUGUUACAGCCUGUACUUGCCAAAACAAUAUUAACAAAGUGGAUUCGAAGAUUGCUGAACAGAGGUUUGGAAUCAACAUCCCACACAAGUUCAGUGUCCACAACUACAAAGUGCCAACGUUCUGUGAUCACUGCGGCUCGCUGCUCUGGGGAAUAAUGCGACAAGGACUUCAGUGUAAAAUAUGUAAAAUGAAUGUGCACAUUCGAUGUCAAGCGAACGUGGCCCCCAACUGUGGGGUCAAUGCCGUGGAGCUAGCCAAGACCCUGGCUGGGAUGGGUCUCCAACCUGGAAAUAUCUCUCCAACCUCGAAACUCGUUUCCAGAUCGACCCUAAGACGACAGGGAAAGGAAAGCAGCAAAGAAGGAAAUGGGAUCGGGGUGAAUUCUCCCAACCGACUUGGUAUCGACAACUUUGAGUUCAUUCGCGUGUUGGGGAAGGGGAGUUUUGGGAAGGUGAUGCUCGCCAAAAUAAAGGAGACAGGAGAUCUGUACGCUGUGAAGGUGCUGAAGAAGGAUGUGAUCCUGCAGGACGACGACGUGGAGUGCACCAUGACCGAGAAGAGGAUCCUGUCCCUGGCCCGCAACCACCCCUUCCUCACGCAGCUGUUCUGCUGUUUUCAGACCCCUGAUCGUCUGUUUUUUGUGAUGGAGUUUGUAAAUGGGGGUGACUUGAUGUUCCACAUUCAGAAGUCUCGUCGAUUUGACGAAGCACGAGCUCGUUUCUAUGCUGCGGAAAUCAUUUCGGCGCUCAUGUUCCUCCAUGAGAAAGGAAUCAUCUAUAGAGAUCUGAAACUGGACAAUGUGCUGUUGGAUCACGAGGGUCACUGUAAACUGGCAGACUUUGGAAUGUGUAAAGAGGGGAUUUGUAACGGAGUCACCACAGCCACAUUCUGUGGCACGCCCGACUAUAUUGCUCCAGAGAUUCUCCAGGAGAUGCUGUAUGGACCCGCAGUAGAUUGGUGGGCAAUGGGCGUACUGCUCUACGAGAUGCUCUGUGGUCAUGCGCCCUUUGAAGCAGAAAACGAAGAUGACCUCUUCGAGGCCAUACUGAAUGAUGAGGUGGUCUACCCUACCUGGCUGCACCAAGAUGCCACAGGGAUCCUAAAAUCUUUCAUGACCAAGAACCCUACUAUGCGCUUGGGCAGCCUGACUCAGGGAGGUGAGCAUGCCAUCUUGAGACAUCCUUUCUUUAAGGAAAUCGACUGGGCCCAGCUGAACCAUCGCCAACUAGAACCACCUUUCAGACCCAGAAUCAAAUCUCGAGAAGAUGUCAGCAAUUUUGACCCCGACUUCAUAAAGGAAGAGCCAGUUUUAACUCCCAUUGAUGAGGGACACCUUCCUAUGAUUAACCAGGAUGAGUUUAGAAACUUUUCCUAUGUGUCUCCAGAAUUGCAACCAUAGCCCUAUGGGAUAUGAGAGAGGUGGUAUGAGAAUCAAGAGGGGAUUGAGAUUUUCCAGGAUGUUCCCCUGUGAGAACUCCCCAGCACCAGCCUUAGAACAAGAACCUUCCCUUCACGGAGCAAGUGGAGAACUCCGUGAAGGAUGGGACUUCAAGAGAUCAACUAUUUCAAGUUCGGGGGAGCCCACUGGAAAUAGUUAAUACCAAAAUGAGAUUUUAUGAAGAAGUAUACUGCAUUCUAUGAGAUUCUAUGGCUGUGUCAGGCUUGGAAUAUUAACAGAAGUCCAAAAAAGAGGAGGUGUGAAAAAUAAACUAGAUCCUACACUUCUGAGCCAAACAGGCUUUUUACUUCAAGAGACAAAUCAAGACUUUUCUAUGGACGUUGUUGUGCUCUUCUUCAAGCCAGUGAACCCCUAAUACUGGCAUUUGGCAAGAAGUCUCUGAAUGCUGAUGAAGAAUUUAAAGGUCUUUUAAAUGAAAUGAGUGGCUUUCCAAAUAGAAUGGUGUACUCUGAAGAGACAAAAAACGGUAUCCCUAAAACUUACAACCUAAAGCCUAAUCUUGUAAACAGAUGUUGUGCACCAGGACGACUGCUACAGUUUACUCUCUUAUCCUUCCUUUCUUUAAUAGAUAUUUAUUGCGUGUCCAGUACAGGUGCCAUUGUCCCCAGCAUCGUAAACAACAGAUUUGCAUUCAUGAAGCUUUCGUUCGUGCAGGCCUCUACUAAUUUACCUGACCGGUGUUUGCAUUCUGUGAAAUGCCUCUCUGCAUUGCAUAUGUCACACUUUUGUCUGCACAUAACUCUUUUUUCACAGGAGGGUCACUGCCACAACAGCACAGUCAGCAGGUGAGCUCAGGUGCUUGCUGCCUGCUGACCCAAGGGAUUUGAUCAUGUUGAUAUCACUCUGGGCUCAUCAGUGAAGAAUUACAGGCCACUCGCACCAGUGGCCAGAUUUAUGGCUUAUAUACAUUAGCAGGUUAUUUAAAUUAUGUUUUAAGAGGCAAAGAUGUUUGUUUGCUAUAUACUUUAAUAAUUAGAAAUGAAUCUUGGAAACAGGUCAUGUAUCAUAGGUGGACCUUAUAAUAUGUACCCGAAUAUGCCGUUUAAGAAUGUUGCCUGGCUGGAAAUAAAUGCGUUUUGUAGCAAAA